CUUGGGUGCAAAUCUGAUAAAGAUGUCGAAUCCAAAAGUUUUUUUUGACAUUGCAAUUGGAAGGACGAAAGCAGGGAGAAUAGUAAUGCUGUUUGCUGAUGUAACACCAAAAACAGCUGAAAACUUCAGGGCUCUAUGCACUGGAGAGAAGGGGAUUGGAAAAUCUGGGAAACCUUUGCACUACAAAGGAUCUUCGUUUCACCGAAUUAUUCCUCAGUUUAUGUGUCAGGGUGGAGAUUUUACCAGAGGGAAUGGGACUGGUGGAGAGUCAAUUUAUGGUUCUAAAUUCGCCGAUGAGAAUUUCAAGUUGAAGCAUACAGGACCUGGUAUGCUUUCCAUGGCGAAUGCAGGGCCCCAUACAAAUGGUUCUCAGUUUUUUAUAUGUACUGCCAAGACUGAAUGGCUUGAUGGGAAGCAUGUUGUGUUUGGAAACGUUAUUGAUGGGUACAGUGUGGUUAAGGAGAUGGAGAAGGUUGGUUCAAAUGCUGGGAAGACAUCUGAACUGGUUGUUAUAGAAGAUUGUGGUCAGAUAGCAGAGAAUUGAAUUCAUCAUCCAUGGGUUUUUCAUGGCAAGUUUUAAGCCUUGUUAGUAAUACAAUGUAAAUUAAUAAGCGAUUUAUGUAUUACAAGUAAAAUGCUUUUAAGUUGAUUUUAAUUGAUAAAUUGCUUUGUGCUUUGUUGGACCAGAUGAUUUAGAAGAGAAGUAUCACACAGUACACUAAGUUAGAACCGACAAUGGGAUGGGUUGGAUAGGGUUUUAAUUUUAUUUUAAUUCUAUCUGUGGGUUAAAAACUUUUUUAAGACUCAACCAAUUACAGCAUACCGAGUCUUUUAGGAAAAUCUUCACCCUUUUUAUAAUGGUUCUUUGGCCUCUUUUAAAGGUCGCUCCUCAAGCACACAGAUAUCUUUGGCAAGAGCUUUGAUCACAUUAUGCUCUAAUGACUUUAAUGGAGAAUCUCUAGCGUCUAUAACACAUUCAUGUAAGUCUGACAUACAAGAGUAUUGAUCAUCUCAAUGUUGCCUAUUCCCACACAUAUAUCAUCAUUUUAUUUGAUCAUCAAUGAUGUGAAAAUUACUUGGUUGAUGGUCUUAGAUUCUUACCUUCGUUUAAACGCCAUCCAAUUUGAAGGAAGCUGUUGC